UUUGUGGACACGAAACAUAGCGAGCUGCAUUAGCUUGCUUCCACCGGCUGUAUAUGUCAACAGGUGGGACAAGAUGGAGCCUUCCAACCUGCCAGUGGUGCUCGGGGCAGGGAUGGAGCUGCAGCACAUGCUGGCCGACCUUCAGAGCAAGUGCCAAACCUAUAAAUCAAAUUACAACCUACUCAAGAUCGAACAUUCCAGUUUGCAGGAUGAGCUAUCGCAUAUUCAGGGGGAAGUGAAGCGUCUCCAAGGCCAGCAGGAGAAGCUGCAGUCACAGCUGGCUGAGCGCUCGAGAGAACUUAUUGAGAAGAAAAGGGAGGCAGAGGAGCUUCGCCUGCAGGUGAUGACUCCGAAGCGUCUGGAUUUGCUCAGGGCUCAAGUGCAGCAGGACUUGGAGGCUCCGGUCAGAGAGCGUUUCAACAAACUGGAAGAGGAGGCCGAGAAGUACAGGUCCGAGUUCAACAAGCUGCGCUACGCCUUCACUGUGCUCAAUUCUCAGUUGGAACACCAAAAGGAGGAACACGUCGGCGUGCUGGAGGGGCAGAAGAUGCGCUACGAGGUGGAGAUUGCUCAUCUGAAGAAAGAGAAGGAGAACGUGGUGGCCCAGUACCAUACUGCGGAUCCACUGUAUGAAAGGAAACAAGUGGAGCUUCUGCUCAAGGAGAAAGCGCAGCUCACCGUGUGGCUGAAGGGCCUGCAGGCCGAGGUGGACGAGUUGCAGGCCAAGAAGGACGAUUCCGACCAGCAGGCGGAGAACAUUCAGCUGUGCCAGAACAGACGGCUCACGGAAUCCCAGGCCGCCGUGAAGUCUCUGGAGUCGGAGCUCCGGUGCGUGUCCCUACGACUGGAGCGCGCGGACGGCGAGCUUCAGCUCAGCCAGGAGCAGAACAGCCAGCUCGCCGGACAGCUGCACAAGACUAAAAAAGAAGGGAACUCCCUCGCCUGUCAGAUCGAAAGCCUGAAGCUGUCUCACAAGACCGAGGCGGACAACGUCAAACUGGAGUUCACCCGCUCGAAAGGCGAGGUGGAGAGGGAGUGCGACGCAUUGCGGGUGCAGAACGAAAGUCUGAGAGCAGAGGUGGCGGUACUAAAGGAAAUGCUGGAGCGACACAACGAGGUCCUUGUGGAGAAAGAGAUGGCGAUGGUCAGGAAGGUGAAGUGCGUGUGUGACGAGGAAAUGUACAAGACAAGUGUGUUGCUGGAGGAAAAGCUGGAGUUGGAGCAACGUCUGACGGAGUCGGAACAACAGAAGGUCACGCGGGAAAUUGACGCGCGAGCCCAGAAAGACGAGUGGCAGGGGAAACUUCGGAUGGCCCUCCAAGGAGAGGAGUCUGUCCGUAAAGAGCUGCAAGGCCUGAACCAUGGAAAAAAAAGUCCAACUUGAUCGAGCGUCAAACAUUGUGUGUGUCAGAACCAAAUUGAAGCAGGAAAGUGCUCAGCUGGAGGAGACGGAGAGACGGAAAGCAGAGGAG